AGCGGUCGAGGUUGAAUUGAAAAUUCAGAAAAGAGCAGAAGAUUGAUUGAAGAGAGAGAUAGAUAUUAGAGAAACGGUGGUAAUAAACAACAUGACUAGUACAACCUUGGCUGUAUCAUCAGCGACAUCUUCGCUGAUUAAUCGCCCGCUUUCAAAUGCAUGUUUCUCCUCAUGCGUUGCAGUUUCUUCACUUUCCGCGUGCAAUAAUAACGAGAAUGGCAAGAGAAGAAAAGGUUGGAUGAUCUGUUGUGAAGUGGCUGUUAAAUCCAACAAUUCAACUCCUACCGUAGGAUUUGAGAGCAAUCCAUCUGAAGAGGAAGCUAAGAUAGGUGCUAAAGUUCGAGUGAAAGUUCCUUUGAAGGUCUACCAUGUGCCUAGGGUUCCCGAGGUUGAUCUCAAUGGUAUGGAAGGCGUGCUCAAGCAAAACGUUUCCGUUUUUAAGGGAAAGAAAAUCUCCGCCAAUAUGCCUUAUAAGGUCCAGUUUGUUACACAAGUUGAAGGCCGUGGACCUGUCAAGUUCUUUGCCCAUCUCAAGGAAGAUGAGUUCGAUUACCUUGAUUAAUUAUUUUUCCAUAUUUUAUUACUUCUCUAGUAACAAACCAACAAUAAUUGUUAUUAUUUUGUAUGUAUUUCACAUGGGAUUAGCUUGAUAUGCUAAUUAUUGUUAUAAUUAUCGUUAUUUUCUCUUGCUGCUAUAUUCAGUUCUAAGACUAGUAUCUGCGGUUUUUUCCGGAAUGAAGCAAAACUAAGGCUUUUCUAAGUCUGGGUUGAUUCAA